UGUUUGCAAACACCUCUCUCCUCUCGGUUUUCCUGCUAGUAAGCGAUGUUUGGUCUGGAUAAAAGAUGCCACCACCAUCGGUCGGAGAUGUGUUGUUGCUGUUUGUGACGCCAUUUUACUAACCUUUUAGGCGGGGAAGUGUUUUAGAAAAUAGGAUUAUAACAAUAUGCUGCCGAAUAUUGCGGUGUAAAUGCAGUAAACGUAAUCUGCAGAUCAUAAUUGAUGAUGAGUGGCGAGUAAAUUUUCUCUGAGAACUGAAAGAGUGCGUGUGUUUGUAACGAAAUACUGAACGUAAUGUGCCAGUGAAGUAAGAAGGGAACCGUGGAAAGCGUGUUUAAAAUUGGUUCUUCCCGUUGUUGACUCUCGCAGUGUGACUCGCAGUACACUGCAUACUACCCAAGUUGUGUUUCUGAGGUCUGAAAUAAUUUUGUCCGAGUAUAGAUGGACGUGCGAGUGAAAGUUGUGUAGUCAUACAUACCUAACAUCACAUAGCAAAUUUUCCUUUGUGCUCGAUAAUGCAGUAGGAUUGUUGCUACCAUAGCGGACUCAAAAGGAUAUGCUUUUUUGUUGGAUAGAAGAAAUUGUUUCGUGGAGUGAGAAAGUAAUUCGUAUUAAAGAGAAUGACUGUAAGAUGAAUACGACUGGAAUAUUUGAUUGCGGCCUAUGAACCUUAUCUUGGCGAUUAUGGAGAGCACUGAAAUGCCAGAAUUUCUGCACAGAGGUAGCAUGGAUGAUGGCAAUAGUGACGCAGCUGGUCUGAGGGCUAUCUCAGAUGAUGAAUCUCUCCCUGUUGAGGAUUCUAACAGGGAUAUCUCUCUGAGGAAAAAUGCCUAUGAACAGAAGUGUGGUAUUAAUGUAAUUAUGCAUACAGAUGACAAUAACAGUGACAGUGAAAUAUCUACUAGUAAUUUCUCUCCACACAAUGAAGUUGUAAACGGAGUUUCGGAACUAUCAAAAGAUGGAAUAUCAGAAGAAGAAUCUAAAGAUGCCCAUUUUAAUGUAGAGCCAAGAAAUGGAGUGAACAAAGAUGAGGAUUCUAUUGAUGAUUUUUGUGAUGUUGGUGCAGAGUUCUCUUCCCAAGAUUUUGUUCCAAAAUCUCUAGGAUUGAAGGAUGAAAUAUCAGAAAGUGAGGAUGGUGGUGAUGGCGAUGGUGAUGGUCCUAUUGCUGCUUUAAAGUACACUGUUUCAGAUGAAGCAACAGGUGAUGGUCUGGAUGAAGAUAGUAGUAAUCCAAAAAUAAAUGUAAUUCAAGAAAAUGCAGUGACAAAUGAGCAGGACAAGAUGGAAAAGAAAUUGUGUUCCAGUGAGGCAUCAAAAAGUGGAUUGUGUGAUGAUUAUUGCGCUGAUGGUGGUGAUGAAAAUAAUGACUGUCAAAGGAGGAAUAAGACAGAAAAGACCACAAAACCUUCAAUUGUAGAAGACUAUCUCUCGGAUGAAAAUUCAUCAGACAAAGAAACUUCUAAAGUUGUCUCUGAUGAUGAAAGUGGUGGAGGCAAAUUAGAAGACGGACAGUUUAAAGGAAUAUCCAGUGAGACUUCUUCUGAAGAUGAGACUGCCAAGGGAGGUACAUCUGCAGAUGGAAAAUUACACGAAAUUGAGAGGGAUACUUCUGAAGAUGAUGAUCCUAAAGAGGCUAUAAGAGAAGGUAAACAGCUAAAAGAAAUCUCAGAAGACAAUUCUUCUGAAGGUGGAUCUGCUGUUGGAGACACAUUAGAUGAUGAUUAUGGCACCGAAAAAUGUAAUGCAUCUUCUGAACACAAUAAUGAUGAAAUUUCAGAAGAUGAGAGCAUAAAAAGCAAUUUCGGAGUAAGAGAAGAUUCCUUGGAGAGGAAAACUUCGUCUUAUGGUGACUUGCAGCGCAGUUCUGCAGAAGAGUAUGAAAAGAGUGAUGGUUCAGGUAAUGAGAGUGAUGGUGAUUCAUCAGAUUAUUCCAGCCCCCACGAGAAUGAUUCCUAUGGCUUUGACGAGCAUGUGAAACCCUCAGGAGACGAACAUAUUUCUUCAUCUGACAGUGAAUCAUUUGAUGAAGCUUCUAUGAUAGAUUUUGAAGAGAAGUCUUCUCGUAGUCAUGACUUCAAACAUCAGACAACAGAGUGCAGUUUGUCUCCAAACAGACAUAAAUAUAUGGAUGUCAGGAAAGGCAAAACUGAAACUUUUAGUGAAGCUUCAUAUGAUGAUAAAGCUGUGAACAGUGGUUCAGAAGAUGUAAAAUCCCACAUGCAUCUUUCACAGGAUGGGAGUUGUGAGGCAAAUGAUGGGGAGACUGAAACAAAUAAUGAUGAAUGUAGGAGAGGCAUUCAGGCAACAGUUGCUGCUGAAGAUGAGAGUUCUAACGUGGUAACCUCUGAUAACAUGAGAGAACAAAUAAGACGAAAUGAAAGGGGCACAUUUCAGACAGACACAGAAAUGUUGGGUUGUUCCUCCACUGUAGGUAAAGGGGAUGAGAAUUAUGUUGAUAUGUCUCCUUCUAAUAAGGAUAAAAAAUGUGAAAUUUCAGAAGAGGAAGGCUCUGAAGUUGCAGCUAACCUCGGCGAAGAAUCAAAGACUUUAUCUGAGACAGAGCUCCAUGGUGAGAGUGUACUUGAAUGUGAAGAUAAGGAAGAAGCACCGGGUUUAAAUGAAGGAAGAAGCAUUGGAAAUCAGACUUAUGAAAAUGUUUUAAAGGAGAAUAUGUGUGAAAAUUCCUUCACCAGAAAACCAGAAAAUGAAAAUGAUAAUUGUCAGAUCAGUUAUGAAGAAAAGUCAUUAAAGCCUGAAGAUGAAUCAGUAAAAUUAGAAGAUUUUAACUGUCUUUCCAAAGAUAAAGAUAAAUCUUCAGAACAUGAACAAUUGAAACAUGAAGACAACAGAACUAAUAGUGAUAGUGAAGAAAAUAAUGUACAACGUAAGGGUACUGAUGGAACUGGAGAUACAUUGUCUUCUGUAUUUAAUGUUUCAGAUGAUGACAGAAACACAGACAGCCCUUGUCAAAUUUUGGACGAUAAUGAAGAGAAGGAUGCAGGUUUGGAAGAUCUUAAUCUGUCAAUUGUACCACAGGAUAAUUAUUCAGAUGACGGAUGUAGUUCACAGGUUCAAGUGGAAAAUAUUAAAAAUGUUGCAUGGAAUGAUGAUGGUGGUGAUCUGUUUAGCUCUGGUGUUGAGUCUGUGGCAAAUAAUGAGUCAGACAACAGUGUCAGAAAUUUAGCAUCCCUUGAUGAGAUACGUGAGACUGAGACCUCAGAAGAUAUAAAUGCAGAUGAACACAAAAGAAAAGAAAAAGGUGAAAUUAUUGAUGAUAAUGGCAAACUGUUCGAACGACAAAAAGAGACUAAAAGAGUUGCAGUUCAAGAGCAUGGAGAGGAAUGCGAAGCAACUCAAAGUUUAGUUUAUGUUGAAAGCAAGGAAAGUGAUACAGGAAGUAGAGAAACUCAGAAUAGGGAAGUUAAUUUUAAAGGAAGUAAUAGUAAUGCUCUGUCUGACUUGCAAAUGGAUUCACUGUGUACUGAAAGCAGCAGAACCAUUUCACUUGAAGAAAAAGCAGCAGGGGUUCUGUCCUGCAGUCAGCAUGAUAGUUUGGUAACUGACAAGGAGACGAUAUUUGUUGAAGAUAGUGUUGCUGUGGCAUUAGAUCGUCAUCAAAUGCCAUCUGCAUCUCAUUUAGCAGUUUCUGAUUUGAAAGAUAAAGCUGAUGUGGGGGAAAUGGAUUCUGGCCUUAUAUGUUCUGAGACGUGUGAAUCUGAAGCUGAUAAUUCACAGAGAAAUUUAUUAGGAAAUGAUAAGCCAGAAAAUUAUUCUGCCGAUAGCACUGGCAAUAUAUCUUGUGAGACAGAUGAAUCUGAUGCAGAUGAAUCAAAGAAAAGUUUAUUAGGAAGUGAUAACCCAGAAAAUGUGCCUGAAGUUGUGCCUCCAAACACAGUUGAAAGGCAAGUGGUACACUUUGUCCCUAUUAAAUCAAAUACUCCAGAUCAUAUGAAAAAUGAUGACACAGUUAAUGACAGGAAGUUUUGUUCAGACGACACUAAAUUAGAGGAUGCCAGACAGGAAGAUGAGAAAGAGGAGCAGCAUGUGCAGGAGGUGGAGGUGGAGGAAGAGGAAGAGGAGGUGGCGGAGGAGGAGGAGGAGCAGGUGGACAAGGAGGAACAGGUUGAGGUUGAGGAGGAGGAGGAGGAGCAGGUUGAGGAGGAGCAGCAGGUUGAGGAGGAGCAGCAGGUUGAGGAGGAGCAGCAGGUUGAGGAGGAGCAGCAGGUUGAGGAGGAGCAGCAGAUUGCAGGGGAGCAGCAGCAGAUUGCAGGGGAGCAGGAGCAGAUUGCAGAGGAGGAGCAGAUUGCAGGGGAGGAGCAGAUUGCAGGGGAGGAGCAGAUUGCAGGGGAGGAGCAGAUUGCAGGGGAGGAGCAGAUUGCCGAGGAGCAGCAGCAGAUUGCCGAGGAGCAGCAGCAGAUUGCCGAGGAGCAGCAGCAGAUUGCCGAGGAGCAGCAGCAGAUUGCCGAGGAGGAGCAGCAGAUUGCCGAGGAGGAGCAGCAGAUUGCCGAGGAGGAGCAGCAGAUUGCCGAGGAGGAGCAGCAGAUUGCCGAGGAGGAGCAGCAGAUUGCCGAGGAGGAGCAGCAGACUGCCGAGGAGGAGCAGCAGACUGCCGAGGAGGAGCAGCAGAUUUCCGAGGAGGAGCAAGUGGAGGAAGAACAGGUGGAGGAGGAGCAGCUGGAGGAAGAGCAGGCGGAGAAGCAGCAGGCGGAGGAGGAGCAGGUGGAUGAGGAGCAGGCAGAGGAGGAGCAGCUGGGGGAAGAGCAGAGGGAGAAGCAGCAUGUGGAUGAGGAGCAGGCGGAGGAGGAGCAGCUGGAGAAGCAGCAGGUGGACGAGGAGCAGGCAGAGGAGGAGCAGGCAGAGGAGGAGCAGCUGGAGGAAGAGCAGGCGGAAAAGCAGCAGGUGGAUAAGGAGCAGGUGGAGGAUGUGGAGGAGGAGCAGAAGGUGGAGGAGGAGGAGGAGGAGGAGGAGGAGAUAAGAAAUGAAGAAACAAAGGUUGGAGAUGAGCCAGCUGCCACUACCCAUCACGAAUGUGACAAUGCAUCAAAUUCAUGUCCUCAGAAUCCUGUGGAAGAGUCUGUACAGAAGGAUUUUAUCCCUCACACUUCUAAAGACAAUUUAUCUCAUGAGGAAAUGUCACCCUGCACAGAGAUUUCAACUGAUCCUGCACAUGAAACAUCUGGUCUUCGUGUUGAAUGUGAAGCAGAAUUAAUCCAAGAAGAGAGUACAAAUGUAAAUGAAAAAAUAAUUAUUGGACAAAUUUCAAAGGAUACGGCUUCCGACUCUGCUGCUGAAAAAUCAGAAAAUGUUGACAUUUGUCAAAAGCGUUCCAAAGAUGAAACAAUAGAUCACAUUGAGGAUGCGAAAGUAAGAGAAAGUGAGGAAACUAUAUCAGUAAAAAAUGGAAAUGGGCUAGAAAUAGCAGCUGAAAAUGUAGCUAGUGAGUGCUUAACUGGAGUCCAUGAUAUAUCAGCUGAUGUGGGCAUUCAAUCAGAAUGUGCUGAAAAGCCAACUAAAAUAGAAUUGCCAUUGACUAAUGGCACCGAUUGUCAGCAAAUGGUAGAAGGUGAUGCUAUGGAGACAUGUGAUUUAACAGAUACACACACAGAACAGAGAAAAUCACACCAGGGAAAUAUAGUGAAUGAUAUACAGUCAGAACAAAUAGUGAAGAAGGCCAGCAUAUUGGAAAAUGAAACUGCAACUGAUUAUGUGUCUCAUGGAGACCAAGUAAAUAAUGAUUCGAGAAAGCGGAAACUGUCUUCAUCACCAGAAGAUGAGCCCAUUUUGAAAGAGGGUUGCAGUCUUCAGUUCAAAGGCUUUAAGAAACGUAUACUAGCACAAGCUUCCUUGGAAGUAGCUGAUGAACAGAUGCACCACCAGCAACAGACACUACCAAAGCCUGAAGAGCUGCAGCCAGACUUGGUAGAUUCGUUUAGCACUCCACUCACAGAGUACGCACAAUAUCUUGGAUUGCAGCCAAUUGUAAAGUUCAAAUGUUAUCUCUGUGGAGAAACUGGCUUUCCAUCGAUCUUGUCAUUACAGGAGCACCAGUGUAGCUGUCUAAAGACCUCAGGAACAAGACCAGUCCUCCAGCAGCCUGCAGUACCAGACAUGGUAACAGCAGAAGGGGAGUGUCCUACUGUUGGAAUGGCAGCAGCUACAGCUGCAGACCCAGCUGAUGUUUCUGGAACACCUUCAACAAACUUUAGAAUCUCACGCAAAGUGUAUCUCUGCUCUGUUUGUGGUACAUACUACGAAAAUUGGAAUCUUUUUCUUCAUAUGAAGGAGAUGCACCGGCGAUUCAUCUGCCUUUUCUGCUUGGCAAUGUUUACUGAUGCUGGAAUGUUGGCCACCCAUCUCUCUGGAGAGCAUUCAGUGACUGAUCGCUUGUAUGACACACAGGAAGGUUUUCGUGCAGAAAUCGCAGAUGAAGCAUGCUUUCUUGUCUGUUGUGAUUGUGAAAGAAUUUUUGCUCAUACUGAUAAUUUCUAUGAGCAUGUUUGCCCGACACCACCAUCUGUUGAAAAACACCUGCAGCACCAGCAACCACAAGACCCAAAACAGCUGCAGAAGCAUCGGCGACAACAACAAAAACAGAAGCAACUUGAACAAAGUAACCAGCAUAUACAAGGAAUGUGUUCUCUGUGUGGAUUGCGUGGAGCUCACUUUCCAACAUGCCGCCGGGCUUCAUCCAACAGUAAUGCCCUUACUACUCUUGUGGAUGGUUCUGGGGCUGUUACGGAACUAUCACCUCUAGAUGGUGAGCAUCAGUCAGAGAGACAACCAGUUACAAAGACAGACACAAUAAGGAAACGCUCUGGGAAGGGGAAAGUAACUUCAAAGACACUUCCAAGUGGAGACGUUGAAGCAGAAGCAGAUGGAGAUGAAGAUUAUGAUAUUAGUCAUGCAGCAAGUUUCUGUCAGAUCAACAUUCAUGAAACACCAGCAGAUAAACCUAAAGCUUCUGACCAAAGCUCAUCAUUGACACCAGUGCCAAAGAUGACACUUAAGACAAAAAAUAUAACCACAGCUGUUCCUUCAAAUAACAGUGUCACAAAGAAAAAUUUUGUGUCAGUGGUGAAGCAAGAAUAUGAUACAUCUGGAAUUCACCGUAAAUUAGAAGAGACUCCUGUACAAGAGUCCCAAAGACCAAAAAAGACUACAGAAUCUACAACAGUGGCAAACAUCAAGUCAGGAAAGCGUGGUGCGUCCUGUUCACCUGUGCCCACAUCUGAAGGGAAGAAACCGAAAUUCGAUCAGUUAAAAGAUCAAAUAAAGGUACCUGACGAAGGCACUGAGGAACCUAGAGUCCAAACUUCGAGUCCAGUCCCAGAGUCAGAUAGCUCAAGCAGCCACAGCCAAGACUCUGAUCGUUUGCACAUAAAUACACAGGAAUCAGAAAGUGUUGAUGGGCAAAGUUGUGCAGAUGAAGAUGAUGCAGCAAUGAAAGAUGCAGCAAAGGACCCUGAAGCCACUGAUGCAGAUAGAACAGAAGAAAAUUCAUCUUCUGAGAAACAGCCGACACCUGCAACUACAAAAACUGAACAUCCGAGGCAUAGAAUUUCUGAAUCUGACUCUGAAUCUUCAGGAUCACCAAAUGACAUUCCGAGCCACAAGAGUGAAGACUCAAGUUCCAGUUCAGAUGCAGAAGGGGUGUCUUCGAGUGAAGAAAGAAAACAAGACAUACCUCCAGAAGCUGAAACCAAGCAGAAAUCUGAAGAUAUGUCAGAUGAUGGGGGAGGAACAGCCGAAGAACCUGAGUCAGGUGGUGAGGAAAGUAGUAAAGAUUCACCUGCACUUGUUGUAGAUGAAGAAGCUGCUGAUGGUAAGAAGGAUAGUGGGAGUGGAACUAGUCAGCCCACCACAAUAGCUGAAGGUGGUGAAAUUCAGGUUGCUGGAGAUGAUGUCCCUGCUCUUGAGCUAACUUUGGAAGAACAACCUGAAGCUAUGACCUUACAAGCACUUGUGAAAGAAUGUGUGAGAGUGUCAUGCAACUCCUGUGUGUUCUGCAAUCAUGCAAAGAAAAUUGCAGUAAAUGGUUCACAACUCGCUCUCCAUUUACUUGCUGAGCACCGUUUUGAGCCAGUUGUUUGUACAGAUACAGCUGACCUGAAACCAGUACCUGCUGAUGGAUUCACAGCAAGGCUUAAAGAGGCUGUGCAUAAUCUCCAUGAAGCAUUCUUCAAUACUGAUUCAUAUGAUAGUACAGCUGAACUGUCAGAAGCAUCAACUGCUGAGCAGGGUGAUAGUUCUCAUGUUUAUGACCGUAGCUAUGAGUGUUUCCACUGUCAUUUUGUUACAACAUUACACAAAGAGUUAUAUGUCCAUAAUCGUAAAAUGCAUCAAAAAACAAUAUUGCUUUGUGUUAUGUGCAAAUCAAACUUCUAUAGCUACAGCGAACUAUUGUGCCACAUAUGCCCCGGUUUAUAUGCACCUGAUUCUGAUAUCUCAUUCCGCUGCUGUCUUUGCUCAGUAGACAAGUUACCUUCAGCUUUUCGAUUGAUGGUGCAUCUUCGGAAGCGCCAUCAUGCGUGUGAUGUCUGUCUGGAGGCGACAGGUGACCAACAACGUCUCUCAAACCAUGUUUGGAAACACAAGCUUCACCACUUGUGCUAUAGGUGUGGAAUUGCAUAUAGAAAUAAACCUGAUAUCACCAAGCAUCUAUUUUGGAAGCAUGGUACUGAGAGUGUGCUUUGCAAGAAGUGCUUGCAAAAAAAAUGGCCUCAUGUAUACCAUUUCUGCAUUCCUCCAACAGCAUUUAACUGUGAAGAAUGUGGUACUAGCUUUGCGCGAGCAGUUGCACUGAAGGUACAUCGUCGUCUGCAUUCUGGUGAUCGCCCUUAUACUUGUGAAGACUGUUCGGAUUCUUUUAUUUCACGCAAAUUACUGGCUCGACACCGGCGUCUAAAACAUGCACCACCUGAACCGUUACCUCCACUGCCAUCAUCACUGGAGAAUAAUGCUAGUACACAUAGUGAGCAAGAAUUUCCAGCUACAUUAGAUGCAGAGGACAGCUCCAUUAGAGAUGCUGAAACAAAUAAAAAUCAGUCAUCAUUGGAAAACAAAACAUCAGUUAAUUUAGAUAAAAGAACUGAUAACCAAAUGUCUGGUCCUGGAGAAAAAGAAAGUGAUGUUGCAGUAAAGAAAAACAAGGUUAUGGAUGUAUAUGAUCUUCCGCCAUUGAAUCUCUCUUCGGACAGUGAUGAUUCGGAUGAACCAAAUACCAAAGAGAGUAAAACUGUGACGCCUCCUCCUGCUGCUGUUUCUACUCCAGAGGUGAAAGAUUCUGAAACAGAAGUAAAACCUGAGCCACCAGUUUCUGACAAUGUUGUGGGUGAAGAGGAGGAACCAGCCCCUGUGCAAAUAAUUGAUGGUAUCUGGGAUAAUUUUAAAAACUACAAAGCAAGUCUCGAGCGCAAAGAACAAGAAGCAGCAGCUGUUGCGACGGGGUCAUACAGCACUUCGCAUGCCAUUGAAGUAAUUAUGUCAGAUCAUGACUAUUGUGUGGUUAGCAAGCCCAGUAACUUAGGAAGUGUAGAUGAUAUUGGGUCUGUUGAUGAUGCAUCUAUUGGUGGUUUAACAAGUACAGAAGGACCCAAUGUGAGUGAUAAGACAAUGGAGGGAGAUAAAGAUUCAGGAUCGAAUACAGACAGUUCACCUGAAACUAUGGAAGCCACAGACAACGGAAAUAGAUCAAAGGUUGUAGCGGCUGACAGUGGAUCUCCAGUGCCCACUAAUGUUGGAAGAUUAAGAGUAUUAGCAGGCACUGAGAAAACAUUAACACAGUUAUCAGACACAGGAAGGUUACCUGGAGGGACAACAGAGGCCACCUUGUCAGUUGCAUCCGGAACCCCACCACAACCCAGCAACCCAUCUACCACUGCAUCCUCUAAGAAGCGGACAAAACAGGCACGUAAGCGGCAGAAACGUGAAGGGGCUAGUUCGUCGUCUAGUUCCUCCAGUAGUGAUAGUGAUUCAUCUAGCUGUAGUUGUGGAACAAACUGUAGUUGUAGCAGCAGCAGUUCAAGCAGCUCAGGUUCUUCUUCAAGCAGUUCAGACUCGGAUAGUUCGACAUCAGAAGGACGCAGACGACAGGCUGCGAGACGAGAGAGGCGGCGUGAGAGGGCACGGAAGAAAGCUGCUGCUGCUGCUGCUGCAGCAGCAGCAGCAGCAGCAGCAGCAGCAGCUGCAGCUACAGCUGCAACAACAGCAGCCACUGUGGCUGCUACUUCUGGUGAAGCAACAGCAGAAGUGAGCAGAACCCCAACUGCAAAUUCUGUACCAGUUGCACCAUGUGACACAGAACGAGAACUUGCAGAUGGCGUAAUUCAUGAGUCUGAUCUCGACACGGAUGAGACUGAGACAGAUGAGGAUUUCUACGACCAGCAUCCUCAGCGACAAGCCAAUAGACUACUUGCUGAGAAAAGAAACCGCUUGAUGUUACUGGCAGCUGUUGCUCCAGCCAGCAAUGGAACUGCUCAGUUGGCACAACAACUACAAGAACUGAAUCAGCAACAGCAGCAGCAUCAGCAUCAAGAACAGCAUCAGUACCAGAGGCAAGAAGAGGUACAGCAGCAGCAGCAGCAACACCACCACCACCAUCACCACCACCACCAACAACAACAAGAAGAUGACCAACAGCAGAUACAGCAAGUGCCACCACAGCAGACAUUGCAACAGAUGCAGCCACAACAACAUGUAAGAAUAGGGUCUGGUACUGUUUCAGGAGAUUCAAGAAAAGUCAGGACCAGGAAAAGGAAGCGUGCUGUGCUUGCAGAUGCGAGAACAGGGUCAACGUCUUUAACUGCCAGUUCAGAGAUGGCUGUGCGACCUUUGGGUACAUUGCCAUCGACCACAUAUCGGGACUCAUCUGGUGUUGUCACUCAGACUCCUAUAUCUGAAAGCACUUCUGUAACGUCUACAACUUCUGCAGUUCGGACAACUGGAGGCAGUGGUUCAGAGGGUGAAAAUAAAAGACUGUCAAAGAGGCGACGUGUACCAAAGCGCUUCUAUGGAGAUUCUAGUGAUGAGGACGGGGAGACACCUGUGACACCACAACCAAAAUGGCGUAAGACUGGUAGUAGUGGUGGUGGUGGUGUUGGUGGUAGCAGUGCAUCUGUUGUUUCCGUUGGUGCCCCACAUACGCCAUCUCAUGUACCUGAACCACCGCAUCUUCCAAUCAGACAACAGGUAACAUUACCAUCAGCAGCUGCCCUUUUGUCUUCUGCUCGAAGUGUUGCUGCAGGAAGACGACCUGUCGAGACAAUGGGUCACAGUACCUCAUCAAGCUCCUCUUCAUCUUCAGGAAGUGACGAUGCAGACUCCAAUUAUGAGAGUGCUUCAGAUGGUGGAGGUGGAGGUGGUGGUGGAGGGGGUGGCAGUGGCAGUGCAGUUGGUGCUGGUGUAGGUAGUGUGACAGUUGCAAGAACAGGUGGCACUGCAGGAGCAGAGGUGGAAAACUCAGGAAAUAAGAGUGAGAACUUAUACUGUUAUUGUCAGUGUCCGUAUGAUGAGGUUUCUGAAAUGAUUGCUUGUGAUGGCAAAGACUGUCAAAUUGAAUGGUUUCACUUUGAGUGUGUGGGAAUUAUGGUACCACCUAAAGGAAAAUGGUUUUGCCCUGACUGUCGUAAGAAAUCAUCUGCCUCAAGAAGUGGUGAAUACUUGCUGCAUGCGUAGGUUUUGUGUGACAACUGAUAAAGAUUGCUUGUCUUAGAUUUGCCUGAAGUGGACCAAUUCGGGCAAGCUAAUAUUGUUGUGCAUCUGAUUUAUAUAGACGUGUGUGUGUGUGUAUGUGUGUGUGUGUGUGUGUGUGUGUGUUGUAUUGUAUUGUAAUGUAUUGAAUGUAUGUAGUCAUGAGUGGGUGUUUUUCAGCUGGAAUUUGAUGAUGCAUUUUCCAGAAAGUGGAUGGAAGUCCAAAAAGUUUUGUUAUAUACAGUAGUGUCUCAGCUAUCUGUCAUCUUGUAAAUAAUUUUAGUGUUUCUAUGUCGGAUCAAAUUUUGUUUGUUUCUUUUUUGUCCUGUCUUCAUCAAAUGUUACAGUAUUCAGUGAGUUAAAAUGAAAUUUACAGGAAUGUGUAUAUUUUAUUGAAAUGAUAAUUAAGGAUCUGACAAAUUUCCUCGUAUAUUGAGAUCAGCGUUUUUCCACUGUGUUAAGAGAAAGGAUGAAUUCAUUGUGAUAUUAUGUAUGUUCAUGUGAACACUAUUUAAAUAAUAUAAAACAUGCUUUACUGUUAACUGUGUGUAUACAAGUAUUUUUAUUUUAAAUAUUAGUCCGAAAACUUUUAUUAGUUAAGCAAGAAACUAUGCCAGAAAAUAUGAUAUGUAGAAAACACUGUACAUAUUGAAUACUUAAAUACCAUUAAUGUUGAUGUAGGUAAUAAAAAUGGUAUAUUGUAAACAUUUUA